GCAUAAUUCAGGCCAUCAGCCGUGUGGCCCGUUCAUAAGCGGACUUGUUCCGUUUCCUGCCUUCUAAUGCAUCUCUCUCUCUCUCUCCCCCUCUCUCUAUCUCUGGGAAUUCGUAGGGACUGAAAAAGAUACGAAUAUACCACAGCCAAAGCAAUCUCCUACUUUUUUUUACCCUGCGUCUCUCUCGCCGCUGCAUUCGUCGAUGUAAUCACGCAGGUUUCACUCCUAGGGGAACUUGUAUGACAUUUAGUUGGUGAGUGCUGUUGGUAUUGAAGCAUCUGGUCCAAAGAAUAAGUGGCAGCUAGUUGGGGUGGAAGUUUUGAUACGAUGGAUGAUGUAGGGAGUACCUCAACACACGACAUAGAUGGCCGAUCGAUUUCCGCCCUCACAAGGCGACAAAAAGCUUUAUAUCUGUUUACCCAGCAGAGUUUGCCAGCUUGUAAGCCUGUUUUGACACCAACAUGGGUUAUUGCUACAUUUCUUUUGAUGGGUGUCUUUUUUAUUCCAAUUGGGCUUGUUUCACUUCGUGCAUCACAGAGGGUAGUGGAAAUUGUGGACCGAUAUGAUACUGAAUGCAUACGAGAGGAAUAUAGAAGCAACAAGGUUGCAUACAUUAAAGAUAGCUCUAUUUCCAAAAAUUGCUCUAGAUUCUUGAAGGUGUACAAGCCCAUGAAAGCUCCAAUUUAUAUCUACUAUCAGCUUGACAACUACUAUCAAAACCACCGGCGGUAUGUCAAGAGUAGAAGUGAUGGGCAGCUCUUACAUGGGCUGAAAUACAAUCACACGAGUUCAUGCAAACCUGAAGAGUCAAACAACGGUCUCCCAAUUGUGCCUUGUGGGUUGAUAGCCUGGAGUUUGUUUAAUGACACUUACACUUUUAUUCAUGGCAAGGCUGAAUUGAAGGUCAACAGGAAGAACAUCGCGUGGAAGAGUGACCGGGAUCACAAAUUUGGGAAGCAAGUGUAUCCCCUUAAUUUCCAGAAUGGCACCUUGAUUGGAGGUGGAAAACUGGAUCCUAGUAUUCCCUUAAGCGAUCAAGAGGAUCUCAUUGUGUGGAUGCGUAGUGCGGCCCUUCCUAGCUUCCGGAAAUUGUAUGGAAGAAUUGAUGAGGAUUUAGAGGAAGAUGAUGUCAUAGAAGUCAGACUCUUGAACAACUACAACACUUACAGUUUUGGUGGCAAAAAGAAGCUAGUUCUUUCAACAUCUAGCUGGUUGGGAGGAAAGAAUGACUUCCUCGGGAUUGCCUACAUUUCUGUUGGCGUUUCCUGUAUAUUCAUCUCCAUUACUUUCAUGUUGCUUCAUGUGAAAAAUCCAAGACCUUAUGGGGACGUGUCCUAUAUGUCUUGGUAUAAGAAAUGAAUUUCCAGUUGAAAAGGUACUGCUGCAUUACUAUUAUUUUGGGUUCAUAAUUCCAAUUUUUUGAGUGGGUGUGGAAGUUAGCAGGAAAGAGAAUAGGGGUCUUCCGUUUGGAAAAUGCAAGGAAGCCAUGCCAAUUCGAAGCUGCUGUUCAUGUAAACAGUGACAUUAUAAGUGAUACUUGUGAUUAAUUUGAAUUAUUAUUCCUUGUUUUGGAAGUGUGAAGUCGUGCUUAUGUUUCAAGGGGUGCUCUUUUGGGAUAGAGAUGAAGGUGCUGUUGGUGGCAGAGCACUUAAUGAGCUGUUUAUUGCUAAUGUAUCUGUUGAAGAUUUUAUGUAGUGUCUGGUUGGUUUGGGGUUUCAACAAUUAUUUAUUUAAUUUAUUUUUUCUAAA